AUGCUGCCUGUCGGAUCCGAAUCCGCAAACCAAAGACCCUCCUCCUCACCUGCUUCCUCAUCGUCGACCGCGAGGCCCUUCGAUUACUCUCCUGUCCAUCUACGGUCACCGUCCGUCCAGGUCGAGACCACGGCCGCAGCGGCAACGGCGACCACCACUGUGACCCCCGCGGGACAUGUGCCGCCUUCUCCCCUCAACACAUCUCUUUCAGAAGCUGCCGGGGAUGUUGGCCCGUCCGUAACUAUUGGUGACGACGAACCGACCCCCUCGCUCUUACCUCCCUUCUCGACUGCAGCGCAGCACGUCGCUGCGCCGCCGCCGCACAUGGCGGAGGCUACGAGCCACAGUCGGGGUUCGUCAGCCUCGGGGACAGGUGCCACCGCAAAUGCCUCUGGUGCCGUGCCAUCACCGUCGACGGCGGAUACCGCCAGAAAGCCGUCGUCGUCACCAAUUCCGGAUACUGCAUCGUCGCAGAAGCUCAACGACUACCGAGAGAGGCUGGCGCGUGACCUCGAGCGCCGCGAGCUGUCGGCCAGGGGCAUCGCCCCCAACCCGUCCGAGAAGCGCGUCUCUCCCAUCCUGGAAGAGGAAUCAAAUAUCCCGCCCCCUCUCAACACGUCCCUCACAACCGCCUCAAAUGAAUCCGGCAACACCAUCAGAGGUGGCGUCAUCCCCGAUCCCACCGCCAGCACGCCCUCAUACCCGUUCCCCAGGAUGAUCCCGGGAUCCUACCUGUACAAGACCUUCUCUCCUCCAGCCUCCACGCCGGGAGCUCCGCCACUCCAUCUGCCACCCUUUGAGCCCAUGCAGGGCGUCCAGGACCGCGUCCUCUCCAACGACUCCACCCCGGCCUCCUUCACCUUCAACCCCUCAGGCGUCUCUGACAACCCGGCCAAUUUUGGUGCUCCCGAACCAAAUCUGUACGAACUCUCUCUCAUGCUCUCUGCCGAGCCGGGCCUCGAUGCCUGGUGGAACACUGUCGUUCAGAUCAUGCGGGACAUCUACAAGGCCGAGAGGGCCACCUAUGAUGAAAACCAGCACCGGGACGACCUGGCCGCCGCCGCCGCCGCCGCUUACUCGGCCAGGAAGAACAGCACCGCCACCGCCCGCCGCGUAGACGAGCCCGACCCCUCGGCCAGCGCCCCAGACCGGAACGACAGUUUCCCGCGACCUGGCCUGCAUUCUCGGCAUUCCUUCACGUCUUACGAGGACAACCUGGACUGCAAGGACCGCCCACGACCACAGGAUCCGACCGCUGCCCCCUCUUCCCAAUGGCCACUCAGCAUGCGGAGGAGCAGCAACUACUGGCGCAUGGACCAUGCCGCCCCAUCAUCCGCAGAACGGGAGCAGCAGAAGCUCAGCAGGCAUGCCCUCGAGAAGCACGAUCUAUUGGAUGGCGAGCCGGCCAUCCCUGCUUGGGAGUCCCCUUACGGCACCGAACGCCAGAAUCAGGGAAACGUUUUGCCGGUUCUCCAGGCCCUCGACUACGAAGACGACCCCUUGAUAGACCAUUCUGGCGUCAUCAGGGUGUUGGAGCGCGGCAAGACGGUCACACUGACGAGAUCGUACCCCUACCUCGACAACGCAGCCGUGCCCGCCGACAAUCAGAGGCAGGCGGCGCCGGCAGCGAGGACGGCGUCAUCGGGUGCCGACUCCUUCAAGAAGGGAUCCAGGGUGCGGUCCAACUCUGUCCCCAAGCGCUCGUCGCUCUUUGGGGGCUCGGCCAGCUUCCGCGCGUCGGCUCGUGGUAAGGCGAGCUCCGUGGACAAGGGCAAAGGUGUCCGUGUGGAAGAGGAGGUCCCCAGUCCGCCGACGCCCAAGUAUGAAGAGUAUGAGCAGGCGCCUCCGUCCCCGUGGUCUCAGUCGCCCGCCCCCUCCCCGGCCGUCCGUACGGAUACCAAGGAGAACCCCUUCUUCGUCAACGCCACCGUUGACGAGGAGUCGUUCAACCCAGGCGUCGGCCCGGCCAACUAUACCGGCAUGCCUCCUCCCGAAGCCAUCGGCAUCGACAACUCCUGGACGGUCCUGCACGUGCCCCUCACCCACAUUCUGCUGUCCAAGCCCACUCACCCCUUCAAGCUGGACAGCAGCAGGAUCCCGGGCAAGAAGUCCCAGCCCCGGGACAGGGACGACGCCGGCACCCCGACCGGGGCCCCCGCUCGACCGAAGGCGGCCCCCAUCGCUAUCCUCUCCAUCCUGACUCCCGUCAUACCCUACCCGCCCAACCUCCGCCACUCCCUCGAGCACCUGGCCCCGCACAUGGCCACCUCCUUCUCCCUGUGCCGCCACUACGACAACCUCGAGACGGAGAUUGCCGGCCUCCGACGACGACGCCCCUCGACCACCGGCUUCGGUGCUGUGGCGCUCGAUGGACGGCCCAUGAGCAGCGUCCCCUUGACGAGCCCCAGCGAAUAUUCGGGCGUCUCCAAGAGCAUGACAGGCUCCCCGGCCGGCACCCCCAGCUGGGACCAGCCGUCGUCGCUGGGCGGGAUCGCCGACAAGAGACCGCCGCCACCUGCCAGCCCGGCCGCGGCCGCGCACGCCGGCGAAGGCUACUUCGGCAGCAAGCAGCGAGCUGCACUGACCAGGCACGACACCUUUGGAGCUCCGGGCAGCAGGAGAGAUGGCUCAAAAGACAGCUCUCCCGUGGACAAGCGCUAUCACCGCCUGUCGGCCACCAAGUCGCUGGUCGACGUAUCGAACCUGUCCGAGCCGUCCGAGAAGCAGACCGUCGGCGCGCAGUCGUCGGGAGAGACGGGCGCCAUGGCGCCCCCCGCGGCCCCCAGCAAGCCUCCGUCCAGGGGUGCGCAGCCGGGCGCGCCCGCUCACGGCAUCGAGAAGACGCUGGAGGCGGCCAAGGACAAGGUCCCCGAGCUCUCCAGGCACGAGCGCUCCUUAUCCCACGGCCAUACCAUGCUGCACAGCUACGGUGCCGACUUUGCCUCUACCUUCCAGUCUCUGCCCCAGAGCUCGAGCCUGGCCAGCCGCCCACCUCUGGCGGCGGCGGCGGCGGCGGCCAACCAACAGGCGAGGACCGUCUCGUACGCGUCGUCGGCGGCGGACAUGCCCCCGCCGUCCGACAGGCUCAAGGGGUUGAUGCUCGACGCCCUGCCGGCGCACGUCUUCGUGGCCCUCCCGCAGACGGGUGAGGUCGUCUGGGUCAACAGCCGGUACCUAUCCUACCGGGGACAGACGGUCACGGAUCUGGCGCGGGAUCCGUGGAGCAGCAUCCACCCCGACGACUGCGAAGAGUACCUCAAGGCCUGGGCUCACUCGCUGCGCACGGGCGAGCAGUUCUCGAGGACGGUGCGGAUAAGACGCUUCGACCAACAGUACCGGUGGUUCUACGCCAGGGCUGUCGCCUCCAAGGACAAGCGGGGUGUCAUCAUGCAGUUCCUCGGCUCCUACAUGGACAUCCACGACCAGCACAUUGCGGAGCUCAAGGCUGCCCGGCAAGAGGAGAUCGAGGCUUCCGAGGCCAAGCACCGACUGCUGGCCAACUUGAUACCGCAGAUCAUCUUCACCGCAACUGAGGAGGAUGGCAUCACCUUUGCUAAUGAGCAGUGGAUCUCCUACACGGGCCAGAACUUUGACGACCUCCUCGGCCUCGGCUUCCUCGACUACGUCCACCCCGAGGACCUCGCCAAGUCUCCAACCGACGUGAACCUGCGCGGCGUGUACAAGGCCAUGUCGCGAAGCGACAGUUCGGGUAGCUCGCCCAUCUACGAAGUCCCCUCGGCCGACCUGACCGAGCUCGCGAAGAAGGGCAUCGUCAAGGUCGGGACCGACAGCAACGGACGGCUCUCGUACACGACCGAGGUGCGGCUCAAGUCCAAGACUGGCGAGUACAGGUGGCACCUCAUCCGGUGCGUCGAGAUCGAUACCAUCGACUUUGGCAGCGGAGCCAGCUCGUACUUUGGCUCGGCGACGGACAUCAACGACCACAAGAUACUCGAGACGAAGCUCAAGGAGGCCAUGGAGGCCAAGGGCCGAUUCCUGAGCAACAUGUCGCACGAGAUCCGCACGCCGCUCAUCGGCAUCUCGGGCAUGGUCACCUUCCUGCAGGACACGGUGCUCAACGAGGAGCAGCGCGACUACACCAACACGAUCCAGACGAGCGCCAACAGCCUCAUCAUGAUCAUCAACGACAUCCUCGACCUCUCAAAGGUGGACGCGGGCAUGAUGAAGCUCAAGUUUGAGUGGUUCCACACGCGGUCGCUAAUCGAGGACGUCAACGAGCUCGUGUCCACCAUGGCCAUUGCCAAGGGGCUGGAGCUGAACUACCUGGUCGAGGCCGACGUGCCGGCCUGGGUCAAGGGCGACAAGGUGCGCAUCCGCCAGGUGCUGCUCAACGUCAUCGGAAACGCCAUCAAGUUCACCUCGAGGGGAGAGGUGUUCAGCCACUGCAGAGUGUACGCCGAGCAUGGGCCGCCCGAGAAGCACUCACACCACCGCCCGGACCCCGACCCCGACCACAUCAUGCUGGAGUACGCCAUCAUCGACACGGGCCAAGGCUUCACCCAGCAGGAGGCCGAGCUCAUCUUCAAGCCCUUCAGCCAGAUUGACGGGAGCAGCACGAGGCAGCACGGCGGCAGCGGCCUCGGGCUCGUCAUCUCCAAGCAGCUCGUCGAGCUCCACGGCGGGACCAUGGGGGGAACGGCCACGCCGGGCAAGGGCUCCAACCCGUCGUCGGCCCACAACGCCCUGCCGACCCCGGGGCAGGCAUCGGCCGAGAGCAUCCGCGGCGGCGACUCCCAAGCGCCGCCGCCGACGUUGUCCACCGCCGCGGUGCCGCCCCCACCGACAACCCCAGGGGUGGGGACGCCGACGGGCACGGAGCUGGAUCACCUGCCGCCCUCAGCCCUGGCCGUUCCCGGUGAAGGCGCAGACCCGUCGAUCCGGGAAGUCACGGUCCGAUCGCGCGCGCUGGGUAAGCCGGUGACGUCCGUUAACACCGGACUGGCGCGGUUCAGCGAGGCUGCCAAGGCCAGCGGACAGGACCUGUCGCAGAUGAGGCUGGAGAUGCCGUCCCGGAUGAGCUCUCCGGGUGGGGCGCGGACACCAUCUCAGGCGACGCCGCCGCAGGAGAGCGAGAUGCGGCCGCCCAUGUACUCGAUCCUGGUCAUCUGCCCGCAAAAGUACAGCCGGGAGGCGACGACGCAGCACAUUGAGAUGACGCUGCCGAGCGACAUGCCUCACCAGAUCACGGCGCUGGAGAGCAUCGAGGAGGCGAGCAAGUUCAUCGGGGGCGAGGACCCGAUCAAGUUCACGCACAUCGUCAUCAACCUGGGAUCGGCAGAAGCCGUCAUGGACCUGCUGGACCAUAUCGUCAAGUCGCAAAAGGUGGACAAUACGACGAUACUGAUCCUGUCGGACUCGGUGCAGCGGCAGGCGGUGAUGAAGCUGGCGGUGGGAUCGCCGCACGAGAAGCUCCUGGUAGAGAACCAGGUGACGUUCAUCUACAAGCCGGUGAAGCCGUCUCGGUUCGCCGUCAUCUUCGACCCCAACAACGUACGAGAUCUGAGCAUCGACCGGAACCGAUCGACGGCGCAGCGGGUGGUGGAGACGCAGAAGGCCAGCUACCUCGAGAUUGAGAAGCGGAUGGGCAACAAGGGCUACAAGGUGCUCCUGGUGGAGGACAACCCUGUCAACCAAAAGGUGCUGAUGAAGUAUCUCAAGAAGAUUGGCGUCGAGGUUGAUGUGGCAGUCGACGGGUCAGAGUGCACCGACAUGCCUUGGUACUCCGACUCUAUGUACGGACUAGUCAUGACCUGA